AUCUUGAGAAAUGAGGAGACUUGUGCCAAACCGCAAUAUCGGUCCCCAAAAGAGGCAAAAACAAACCGACUGCUUCUCUCUUUCUUCUCUCUCUAAUCUCCCACAUCCUCGUGUCACUUCCCUCUCACCCCCACGUUUCCUCUUCAUGGCUUCACCAACAAUUUUUUCUCGCUUUCCCAGACAGUCACACAACCCUCUCAUCCGUUGUUUCUUUAAACACCAAAAGCGUGCCAUUUUCAAAGACUCUCUCUGCUUUCAAGAAAUAGUAAAGUUAUACAGAGAUGAGGCUAUAUGUGUAUGUGUUGGAGGGAAGAGAUUUGGCAGCGAAGGACUCAUAUGUAAAGCUUCAGAUUGGGAAGCACAAGUCCAAGACCAGGGUUUUGAGGGACACCACAAACCCAGCUUGGAAUGAGGAGUUUGCUUUCAGGGUACAAGCCAUGGAUGAUGAGCUUGUGGUCUCUGGUUAUCACCAUGAUGAUAACUCUGGGUUCUUCAAUGCCUCUGGAGAUUUGAUGGGUCGGGUUCGGAUUCCAGUAUGGUCCGUUGUGGCCGAGGAGAAUCACAAUUUGCCCCCCACGUGGUUUUCUAUUUCUAUAGAAAAGCCCAAGGCUUCAAAAUCGAUCAACAAAGAUGGUGGGAAAAUUCUCCUUGCGCUUUCUCUGCAUGGAAGAGGCCAAGACAUAUCCACUGACUACCUUUUCCAUGAAAAUCCAAAUAUUAAGAAUGGGGAUUCUAAAGAAUGGGAAGGCCCCCAUGUUAUAUAUCAAGAUAUUUGCACAGCUUCAUCUCGGAAGAUCCUGGAGGGAAAACAGAAGAUGAAAGCUAUUGCAGGCCGUUUGGAGAGCCUUUUUAAUAGAAAUGAGGAUAACUCUAGAAAUGAUGAUUCUUCGGAACAGUCCGCUACACUGUCUGAAUAUGGGGAUUGCAUGGAAGAACCUCUAUCUUGCGGUAGCUUUGAAGAAGCUAUGGAAAAGAUACAGUCAGUGAGCAAUGAAAGAGAAAUGCCCAAGAACCUGGAAGGGGGCAUUCUUAUUGAUCAGACCUACAUGGGAACAUCCAAAGAUCUCAACUCAAUUCUUUUCGCUCCCAAUUCACAGUUCAGGAGAGAUUUGGCAGACUUGCAAGGAACGACAGAUGUACAAGAGGGCCCCUGGAUGUCAAAAUCAGAAGACAUGUGUUUAACGCGAGUUGUUAGCUAUACAAAAGCUGCAACAAAGCUAGUUAAGGCUGUUAAAGCCACUGAGGAGCAAACCUAUACUAAGGCAGAUGAAAGGGAAUUUUCUGUUCAUGUAAAUGUGAGCACACCAGAUGUUCCAUAUGGUAAUACAUUCAAGAUUGAAAUACUUCACAAUAUAAUGCCUGGGCCACAGCUACCUUCAGGAGAAGAAUCGUCCCGUCUUGUAUUAUCAUGGGGCAUUACCUUCUUUCAGAACACUAUGAUGAGGGGUAUAAUUGAAGGAGGAGCUCGGCAGGGACUCCAGGAGAGUUUUGAUCAGUUUGCCAGCUUGUUGGCUCAAAAUAUUAAAACACUCGAGUCUUUAAACGUAUUAGACAAGGUUCAUAUGUUGGCAACUUUGCAAAAUGAGCACCAGUCAGAUUGGGAGUUGGCAACUGUGUAUUUUUGGAAUUUUGCCGUCAUUUCUGCUGCUUUUGUAAUUUUGUACGUCUUCGUACAUAUUCUACUCUGUAGACCUCGGGAGCUGCAAGGCUUGGAAUUUAAUGGUCUUGAUUUGCCAGACAGUUUUGGAGAGCUUAUCACCGGUGGAAUUGUAGGCAUUCUAUUAGAGCGUGUUUAUAACAUGAUUUCACAUUUUGUACAAGCUAGGUUCAAAAGAGGAAGUGAUCAUGGAAUCAAAGCCCAAGGUGAUGGAUGGGUGCUCACUGUAGCUUUGAUUGAGGGGAUGAACUUAGCAUCGAUGGAUCCAACAGGGUUGCCAGAUCCCUACGUGGUGUUCUCCUGCAACGGGAAAACAAGAACAAGCUCUGUUAAGCUUCAAGCUCCUGAUCCUCAAUGGCAUGAGAUACUUGAGUUUGAUGCUGCUGAAGAACCUCCCUCAGUUUUGGAUGUGGAGGUUUUUGAUUUUGAUGGUCCAUUUGACCAGGCUGCCUCACUUGGGCAUGCAGAGAUAAAUUUCUUAAAACACACAUCUACAGAACUAGCAGACAUCUGGGUUUCCCUCGAGGGAAAACUUGCUCAGUCUUCUCAGUCAAAGUUGCACCUUAGAAUAUUUUUGGACAAUAACAAUGGCGUUGACACAAUUAAAGAUUACUUAACAAAGAUGGAAAAGGAGGUCGGAAAGAAGUUGAACCUUCGAUCACCUCACAGAAAUUCAACUUUCCAAAAAAAUUUUGGUUUGCCACCAGAAGAAUUUCUCAUCAGUGAUUUCUCAUGCUCCUUGAAAAGAAAGAUGCCAUUACAGGGGCGCCUUUUUUUAUCUGCAAGAAUUGUUGGGUUUUAUACCAACUUAUUUGGACAUAGAACCAAAUUUUUCUUUCUUUGGGAGGACAUUGAUGAAAUUCAAGUGCUUCCCCCAUCUCUAGCAUCCAUGGGCAGUGCUCAGUUGGUCAUUGUUCUUCGGAAGGGUCGAGGUCUUGAUGCCAAGCAUGGUGCAAAGUGCCAAGAUGAAGUAGGCAGGCUUCAGUUCUAUUUUAUAUCAUUUGUGUCAUUCAACGUAGCUAAUAGGACAAUCAUGGCCUUGUGGCGAACAAGAACACUGACUCCAGAUCAGAAAGCACAGAUUGCAGAAGAGCAGCAGGAAGAUGAUGGAAAGUCUUUAUUACUUGCAGACACUGGGUCUUGUUUGGUUGUUGAAGAUGCAAAAAUGUCCAAGGUUUACUCUGUGGAACUUCCUGUAAAAAUGAAAUUGCUGAUGGAAAUGUUUGAUGGGGGAAACUUGGAGCAUAUAGUGAUGGGAAAGACCGGUUGCCUGAGUUAUGUCGCUACUACUUGGGAACCUGUAAAGACAGACUUGUACGAACGAUGUCUAUGUUACAAAUUUAACCGCCAAUUCUCAAUCUUUGGAGGGGAAGUUACGUGCACACAGCAGAAAUUUCCCAUUUCAAAUGGUAAAGGGUGGAUUGUGAAUGAGGUUAUGGCCCUACACCAUAUCCCAUUCAGUGACCACUUCCGUGUCCAUUUUAAGUACCAGUUUGAGAACUGUAUUCUCUCUCCUAGUUCAUCAUGCAAGUGUGCCAUUUAUGUUGGUGUCACGUGGCUAAAAUCUACCAAGUUCCAGCAUAGGAUCACUCGAAACAUAACUGAGAAGUUCACUCAUCGACUGAAGGGAAUAUUUGAAUUGGUCGAAAGAGAGAUUUUAUUAACCAAUAGUCCCAUUUGACUAAUACUUUCGGCACUUCAUUCCGCUUUUUCUUCAGAAGGAUUGAGUUGCAGAGCAAUGGCAAUUGAGCAAAUUUAUUAGAUGCUUCACAAUUUUCAUGUUGUAGCCGCUUUGAGGAUGAAUCGAAUAAUGUGCAUUGGGUGGUUCUUGGCUAACAAUGUUGAAUGAGGUUAAAAUUAUCAAUAUUGUCCACGCAUUUCUCACAGUAACUUCCUAGAUGCACCCCUGGGUCCUAACGAACAUAGCCAAUGCUAUAUGAUCCAUGAGUCAUAUGUCCUUUAGUAACACUCAAUUCCCUUGGUGGGCCUACGGUGUCUGGAAGCCAAUCCCUUCGUAUAAAUUUGAAGUGUUAUGCUUUUGGGA